AUGAAGAUGCUAAUGCUGACUGUGGGGCUGGCCUUGAUCUGUGGCCUCCAAUCCCUGAAUAACAAUUUGGGAGAUCUAUCAAAAGUUACUGGAGAGUGGUUCACUGUUGCUUUGGCCUCCAAUGUGACAUCUAAGAUUGAAAAAGGAGGGAGUUUGGAGAUUUUUAUCAAAAAUGUCAGUGAAAACAAUGGCGAUCUUACUGGAGUCUUCUUCAGAAGGGAAAAUGGCAAAUGCAUUCAAUUUUCAUUGACUUCUUUCAGAGGAGAUGAUGGUCAAUUGUAUGUACAAUAUGAUGGACUUAAUGAUUUCUCAGUGCAAAGUGUGGACACUAAACAUAUCACGUAUAUCUGUCAUAAUUUCAACAAUAAGAAGGUGACCACUUGGGCACAACUCUUUGGCCGGACUCCAGACCUGUCAGAUGAAAUAAAGAAGAAAUUUGAGGAAAUGUGUAAAAGAUUUGGAAUUAGGAAGGAUCAAAUUAGAUAUUUUUCUAAUGAUGGAAUGAUCAUCAUGCAGCAUCAGCUAGGGAAUUUAGAUGAAGAUCACAUGUAUAUUGAGUCCUUAGUGAAGAAACUCAUACCACAAGAUUCAUAUGGGGACCCAAUGGUCCAUUGA